AUGGCGACUUCGACGAAAAUUUGCUUAACACCGGCCAAUUCGGGUGUGUUCAGCACCCCGGGGCUCAGCUGGGCCUCGGCGCGCAAAAGUCUGGUGGAGAUCAUGGAUGAGAUGCGCACCAACCAGGCCAUUCGAGAUGCUGCUAUCCACGGGGACACCGAUGUCUUCGAGAAUGGCAUCUUGUCGCGGGCCAGCGAGGAGGUCAUCAAAUACUGCAGCCAAUGGUCCGUGUCUGAAGACCAAAUCGACGACAAACUGGUGGAGAUGAUCAACACAGCCAUCUACUGGACGGCGACCGCUCAAAACCCCCAAAAGGAGUUGAAGCUCGACUUCUUCUUUAUCCACGCCGUGAACCUGUCUAUCUUUUUCAAAGCGUUCAUGGAUCUGCCCUAUUUGAGUCGCGCCAACAAGGCGCGCCUUCUGGAGAUGAAAGGCCGCAUGGAUUUGUUGAUCUGGGCCUCACGCAAGAUGCCCGACCCACAACCUAACGACAUCUGCACCUAUCCGAUCCGCCAGGGAUGGCCGGAAGUAUUCGCCAAGAGUUACCUCCAUCCCUCAGACGAUGGACACCUGGCCAAAUUCGUUCGGACAGUCGCCAUGGCGGAGGAGCUGUGCCGGCCGUAUGAGGCCGCCGGCAAGAGGCUUCCCGUCAGCGGCGAUAUGUGGCUACAGAUCGGGAAUAUCGGUGAGACUAGUGUCCUAAUUUGUCUGAACCCGUCUAACACACAUCUCUUAGCUGUGGAUUCCGUCGGUGUGAUCUUCAAGGAUCUCUGGGUCCGAGGAUCCGGAUUUCCCGAGUCCUGGGAGAAGUUUAGGCCUCGGAAGUAG